AUAUCUGACUGAACUUUACGACUGCCGCGUUACCGGGAUGGAAUUAAUGUAGUGAAGCAGUCAGUUUCAUACGUCGUGUACAUGCAAGGGGAUAAAGCUGUUCGAAAUUGUAAAAUGUCACUUGGGUUUACAUAUUUGUAGACGGAAUAUAAAGUAGCCAUAAUCUUAGGCAAUAUAGUGGGUUGACUUAACGAAUAUUUAGUGAGUAACAAUGGGCGGUGUGACUAUAAUUUAUGGACGACCUUUUAGCAACGCUCGAGUGACCUUGGGAGUGUCCACUUGAUAACUAUGACUAAAUGAGGAUUAUAAACCAGUGUGCGGAGUCAAAAUUAUGAUUUACAAUUGAUUAUUAGGUUUAUGAAUUAGAUUUAGGGUUUUCAUAAUGAACUAACCUCAGCUAUAAUCCAAAAGCUCUGUUUAACCAAAUAGAUGACUGAAUUUUGCUCUAAAAUUUGGGGCCUGCUAUAAAUUAAAGUCUUGCCGCGGUUAAUAGGCUAUUUAAUCACUUCGCAAUAGUUUAUUUAGACACCAAGAUGAAUUUCUCGGUGUUUCUACUUUGUUGAUGUGAAAUUACUUUCUUUGCGACAUUGGUGUCAUAAGCAUAAGGCUCUUAUGCCUGACUAACGGGAGAUAUUUGGUGUUGCCUUUCUUAAGAAAGGCAAACAAUUGUUUGCAGACAACACAAAGGUUCGGGUGAUAUUAGAUAGUAAUGCUAGUUAUCUUGGUCUCUAGGCUGAUAUAGAUGAGUAACCCUGUUUUUACUAAAGGUAUUUGGAGACCAGUCCCAAAUAGGAUGAAGCGCGCGUUUUGUGUUCCACGGUUGGCCACUGUCCAAGUCUGCUUAUAUUGCUUGUGACUGUAUGGCAACAGUGGGUAGUUUGCGAAUGAGGCACACUUGCCAAAGGAGAUUGUUUAGUUGCAGUCCUUAUCAUCAGUCGUAAGAUCCAAACAACCAAUACAAAUGAAUUAAAAUUCGUCCCAGUGACUAACCGGACUUAGUAGCUUAGCGGAUAACGCAAUAACAGGCGGCACUAGGUUCAAGUGCUAGAAUUAACAUCAACUCUGAUGCAUCGCUCGUCCUGAAUUCCGUUGCCAGCCACCAUUUAACUCUGAUGAUAACGGUCUGUGUUUCAUUAUCAAUCAUUGUCGUCAGUCGUUAAACCUUAUAUUAAUUUAAAUCGUGAAUAGCACUUUUCUGAAACUUCAUAAUGACGGUCUUGGGUGAAGAGUGGUUUGCUGUUGGAGACAUUUAUUUCAGAAAGCUUCAUCUUUACGAUAUGCCGUGGGGUAUGGGAUUUUCAAUAUCACAAUUCAAGACAUCGAUUUGUCAGUAUUCUGGUUAUAUCGCAAUGUAUUUGGAUGGCCAAGCGGGAACAAAACCUAUACUUCAAAUAUAUACAUCAUCAGGCAAACUCGUUUCCCAAAGUGUUUGGAAAGAUGCACCUGGUAUAUUGCUUGGUUGGACUUUGUCAGAGGAUUUAUUAGUUAUCCAAAAAACAGGAUUCACUACCAUAUUAGAUCAUCAGGGCAAGUUUGUUCGACGUUUUAGUAUGGGACCUGAAGCUGAAGAAAGAGAAAUAAUUAGUGCUAAGCUUUUUACCAUUGAUUAUAAUACAGGAAUAGCUGUUCUUACCGGUGGAAACCACAUAUAUGUAACUACCAGUAUCGAAACUCCACGUAUGCGACGCCUUGUAGAAUUACCUGGACCAGUAAAGUCUUUGUCACAUUGGACUAUUGUCACAACACCUCUUGAAACUGGAACACCUGAUUCUUUUCGAAGCCCAUGGGUGAUGUUUUCAAACAAAAAGAAUUUGUACCGAGCUGACUUUGGAACAGUUGAAGGUAUUGAUUUGUCAAAGCUUACUAGGUCAACUGGUUCUGAUAUUUACCUAUUGUCUAUAUCUUUGAAUAUGCAAUUUGUUGCAAUUUAUUUAACCAAUGGUGAAUUGUUAAUUACCAAUACACGAUUUACUGAAUUACAUUCACAUAUUGACUUGACCCAACGUAUAUCAGUUAUGUUGGUGAAUAAUAAUAAUUCAGCUAAUCAAAAAUUCAAUCAUCCUAAAACGAUGCUUUGGUUAACUAAUUCAGCUGUUGUGCUUCAAUGGAAUAAUUUAAUUGCUAUUAUAAGUACACAGUCAGAUAUUUAUGAAACAUUUUAUGCUGAUGAUAUAUUCUUAGCACAAGAGAUUGAUGGAAUUCGCAUUCUAUCACCUACAUCACACGAAUUAUUACAACGUGUACCAUCCCCAUUAGAAUCACUUGGACGUAUUGGAGCAUCGUGUCCAGCCACAUGGUUAUUGUCUGCAAGUAAGAGUUUAAAAAUCAAUUGUGGACGUACUAAUGAUUAUUUAUUGCCUAUUAAACAACCUAAUCAAAUGAUUGAUGCAAUAUCACACUGUAUUGAAGCAGCAUGUCAUGCAACUGUUGAUCCUAUUUGUCAACAAGAACUACUGGAAUCUGCUCAUUUAGGUCGAGGAUUAUUAUCAGCUAUGGUGAAUACUACUCCUAAUGCUACUAUUUCUUCUACCACUGUUACUAACAAUAACAAUACAGGUCAUUAUUCAAUUGAGGCUAAAUUGAAAGAACUCGCGGAUCAUGCUGCAAAGGUUUGUCAAACUUUGCGUUUGUUGAAUAGCUUAGCUGUUCCAUGGUUAGGUAUUGCACUAACGUGGCGUCAGUUUCGUGAAUUAGGACCAAACAAAUUGUUUGAACGUUUAUUGAUACGCCGUCAUUACCCAAUGGCGAUUGAACUUGUUCGAAUCCAUCAAAAACAUAAAUGGCCAAUAAGCAUUCUAGAAGAAAGUCAAAGCAAUUAUGGGACAUGCACAUUUACUCGUUUACUUGCUCAUUGGGCAUGCAAUAGUUCUAUAACAUCUUCAGGAGCAGCUACAUUGAUAUCAGAACGGGUAGCAGCUAUUGUGGAUAAGUUAUUCAACAAUUCAUCAGAGAGCAAAUCUAAGUCUAGUAAUCAUCAUGCCAACUAUUACAGUACCUCUAUUCCUCAUUUGGACUUCGCUGAUGUAGCUAGUCAAGCUAUUUCAGCUGGUCGAGAAACAGUUGCGGAGCAAAUAUUAGAAUAUGAGCCACGCGCUUGGCGUCAGGUACCAUUACUUUUAAAAUUAUCUCGUUAUAAUCGUGCAUUAGUUCGAGCAGUAGAGACUGGAAAUCCUGAACUAAUUACGACAGUUGUGGUAGCAUUGCAAGAGCAAAGUAAAUUACCACCGGCAGAUCUUGCAAUGGUACUUCGUCGGCAUCCAAUAGCUCUGGCCAUAUAUCAAGAGACAUUAGAACAAGCUGAUCAUUCUAAAUCUGGUUCUGAAAAUUCAACAAAAGCUGCUCUUUUAAAUUUUGAUCAUGAAAAUGAUCAUGCUUCAGAAGCUAAAAAAAUUGUUCUCUCAGCCUAUCAAGAAAAUAGUUUAGCUUCACGAUUGACAUUAUUACAAAAUGCUGAAGAGAUUUAUCGUCAAUCAAAGAAUGAUUUUAUGGCUCAGCAAUGUAACGCACAAGUUCGUCUAUUGAAAUUUCAAAGUAAACUUGAGAAACAAGAAAUAUCUGCUCCUGUCUUCGAAAUUAAAUCCAUACCCGGCUCUAAUCGUAUAUUACCCGAGGUAGUACAGUCUGGUAGUAUAAAUGAGAAGCUUUGGGUUGGUCAGUCGCUAAACACAACACUCAGUCGUUUGUUAGCUUCCGGGCAAUCCGAACGUCAAGCAGAUCAAUUACGCAGAGAAUUUAGAGUUUCAGAAAAACGUUUCGCUUUUCUUCGUGUUGUUGGUAUGGCAAUCAAUAAUGCAUCUUGGUUAGAAAUGGAUAAAAUGAUUCGAGCAAAAAAACCACCGGUUAAUGUUGAAGUACCCAAUAAAAGCCUUAAUAAUUGUUUUCUAAUGAUUAUUCUUUGUUGUGUUAUAAUCUCCACUAUUUUGUUUCUCAGUGAAAGCACUCAAAAAUAUCCUAGUUGGGAGUUUUAAGUAUGCUAAUAUUCGCGUUUGGUUUUUUAUUUUCUAUUAGCACCAUAAGAUUAGACAAGAUGAUAUUUCUUAAUACUGAAUAAUCAAUAAAUUGUAAUUAUCUCAGCCCUGCAUUAGAUUAAUGUGUGGAUCGAAUAGCUCAAUCGUAAAGUUUUAGGUCGUGAAUUUUGAUGAUAUGGGUGUGAAUCCCACAGGAAACACCAGUUCCUUCAAAAUUGGAAUUACACCUUAAUACCGAGCGCCAACUAGAACGAAACAUAUAUCCAGGGUUUUCUGCCGACUACAUCAAACUACCGAAUACCGGUUAUUUUUUAUUUAUUUAAAUGUUCAUAGAAUCCAUUGUACAUCACAGUUCUCUUAUCUAAUUGACGUUUAGAUCAGUGUUAGUAGAUUCUUAGCAAAAGAUAACAGCUGACAAUACAUCAGUAUUUAGUUGAGGUAGUUUUGUGGAGGUUAAACUCAUUUGUUAGUUGGGUACCAUUGGAAACUGGAGGGUAUUUGACUCCUUAGCAAUGUACAACCAAGCACCCGCUCGAGGUCGAAACCAGGACCUGCAGGUCUCGCGGCAAACGCUUAAGCAUUAGUACCACUGGGUACAAUCUCAUUUCCAAUCAGUUCGCGAUAUAGCGCGACGAUCAUCCAAUACCAUUAGCGACAACUGUGUUACUUUCGACAUGUUUGAACUGUACCAUUCAAGACUUCACAGUAGAAUUUGAUUAAUAUAUUGAAAUCACCAGUAAGCUGACUAUUACAGUUUGGUUGAGUGAUUUUAUGGGGAUUAAUUGUAUUUGUAGAUUGUAUUCCUCACUUAAAUAUAAUAAAGUUGUCAGACAACAGGCUUGCUUUUUUAAUAUAGGAUCAAGAUAUGGCAUAAUGAGGAAUUUGAAUUUUUAACAAAAAUAUGGUAGUUAUCGAGAGCACAUUAAAUGUUAGUUAAGCAAAAAUGGUUAAUAAAAGUUUCCACAGAAUAAGCUAGAUCAAUGCAAACUAAACACUAUAAAUUUUAAUUUCCUAGACUAUAAUGAAUGAAAUAAGUCACUUGACCGAUUGGAAUACACACAAGUAGGGUUUCGCACUCCUAAUUGAAAUGGUCUGUUUAAUCCUAAAUCGGAUUCUAUAUUUAACAGAAAGAACAAGCAGCUUUUAUUAUUUAUAUCACAUAAUAUGUCACAUUAAUUUUCAAUCAAGUAUUCGUAUCUUCUACUUCAUUCUUAGUUUGUUUGAAACGGUAAAAAGCAACAAUUAGAGCAAUGACUUGACGUGAUCAUCAUUCAGUGACUUAUGGGUUCUUACCUCCCCUUAAUCUAACUAUAUUCGGUUCCACGCAGGUAUUCUAUAACUACUGGCUACCGCAUUGCAAAAAUAAUUGCUACUCAAAACUUAAUCAAUAAGUUAAUAGAAAGUUUUAUUUUAAAUUUUAAGCCAUACUUCUUUAGUCGCAAUAAAUUCUUAUUAUUUUUAUUAUACAAAAAGAUAUUAAUCAAAAUUUGUAUCGACGGCAAUCGUAUAGACGAAGCGAUAAAACUAAUUUCUAAACUUCCACCUGAACGAACAGUCCGUUUCUGGGUAAUGACUGGGUAAGCAAUCUUUUUUUGUUAAUCACAGUACUAUAGAAUCAUUGAUUCUAACCAAUUAUAGCUAUGACAAUAUUAAAAAUAAUCAAUAAUUUUACGGGACUGAAAGAUCUUCGUUGUCUAUUUACAUUGUUCUUAGUAGUGUAUAAAUAAGAGAGAACAAAAAGUAAUUACAAUAAUAAAAGUGAAAUACUGACUUUGUUCUCUAAUUUAUAAAAUUUCAUAAAGUUAUCUACUAGAAGGAAAAAGUCCAGUGCUGCUUGAUUUUCAAUGUUAUCUCAAACAACAUUAAUCUGUAAUAAAUACAACCUACAAAAUAUAUAGUAAUCAUGAUUAAGUCUCGUAAAAAUUUAUUUCAACAAUUUAAGAUCUAUGGAACUAAGUUGUGUUUUUUUUAAACAAGAACGUUCCGUUUUGUUUAUUCAUCUCAUAACUUUUUAUUUUACGUACAACUGUUCACAUGUUAUAGUCUAUAGACUUCACAUGAGUUUAUGCACACAGUAAGAAAAAAAACAUACACAGGUUACAUCUUAAAAGAUUGAAAUGAUAAUCCAAAUAUCUUCUUGCGCAAAACAAUCAAAAGUAGGACUGAAUAUUCACAGUUUUAGCUGAUUAAUUUGCUUUCAGUGAAUGGAAUUGAUGUAUUUUUUUUGGGGGGGGUAUAUCUGGUAAGAUACUUUAUCUUAAUGAAAUCAUUUAAGAAUAUUGCAUUUUACUUCGAUUACUUAAAAAGGAGAAUCGAAGAAGCCAUUCAAGUAGCGGUUCGUGAGAAAUCAGAAUAUGAUUUAUUGUAUAUUCAGCGUGAAGUUGGAAAAACCAACAAAGAAUUAUAUGAUCGGAUUACUAAUCUACGAGCACAAAUUCAGUGAUGAUUUAUAUUUUAACACAUAAAUAACUGGAAUUUCUCUGAAACGAUGUUAGUUUUAUCUACGUCCAAUCUUUGUUUUUUUUGAAAGAACAAACCUAUCUAUUUUUUAUCCUUUAUGAUUUACUUCAUCAAACUUGUAAAUACCGACUUGUGAUCGAUUGAUUUUUUCUAUUGAACUUCUUUCUUCUAUUGUACACACUGAUUGUGUCAUUUUUUUGCUUAAUAGUAAAACCUCUCAUAAUCCUUAUCUGAACAUUUGACUUUGUAAACAAAAUACUACUGUUACAACAAAAUUAUUUCCAGU